AUGCUAAUUGAAUUGCUCAAUGACCCACUUCACCUUGUCGAUCUAAAUCCAGUUUUAGCAACUUUGAAAGCUUCCAUGAGACAGCAUUUUCUAGGUAUGAGCCGCUAUCCCCUCUACGGCGUCAACGAUGACGCCGUUUGGGCCCGCGGUGGUCCAAUGCCGGAGCCACCACGUGGUGCCUCCGUGCAACCACUACAUCCAAGCCUACCUUAUUCUACUUAUCCAGCUACAACCACUCACACUACGAUCGUACAUUCGCAACUAAAGCCAGUAGCAGAUGCUGAUAUAUACAAGGUAGGCAUUUAUGGAUGGCGGAAACGAUGCCUCUAUAUAUUUAUUCUUCUCUUGACAAUAAUUAUUGUUUUAAACCUAGCCAUGACUGCAUGGAUUAUGUCAGUGUUGGAUUUCUCCACCGAUGGCAUGGGUGCUUUGAAAAUCCAAGAAGAUGGGAUUCGAGUGGAAGGGCGAGCGCAGUUUGACAAACCGGUCACAUUUUCACAUUUAAGCACUGCUAGAGACGAAGCUCUAACGAUAGACUCAUUUCGUGGUAUACAUAUGCAAGCCCGUAACUCCAGCGGGCAAGUUUCUGCUCGAAUGUCACUCACAGCCGACGGUAAGACUCAGGCGAUUUGCAAUCGAUUCGAGGUUUUUGAUCCCAACAAUCGACUGUUAUUCUUUGCUGAUUCGCAAGAAAUUGGACUUAAAUUGGAAAAUUUGCGAAUAUUG